AUGGCGCGUGGCCGACCUUCGCGAGCGGCAGCUCUUCGCAGCACGCCUGCCCGUAGCGCAACUCCACAACAAUACAGCGACGACGACAUGAUGGAUGUGGACGCCCCUGAAUCGCGCGCAGAAACGCCCAAGGAGGAGGAGGAAGAUGGCGACAGUGUCGCGCAAGAGAGCGACGAGGAAAAGGCGCCCUCUGAGCGCUCGCCGUCGCCAGCAGUCGUGCAACCCUUCCCGCGCAAGAAGCGACUUGGUCGACCGCCUAAGAAUCGGCCACCGGACUGGAAUGCGCCCGAGCCUGAAGUCUCCGAGGGAGGCACGCCCAUCAAGCGCAAGCGAGGGCGCCCUUCCAUGCGAGGACGCCCGCCCAAGGGAGGGCCGUCGCAGGCCAGUCGCGUCGCCAUUGACAAGGAAGGUACCAUGAUGGACGUGGUUAAUGAUGAGGUCGAUAUGCCCGAGGAUGCAGAGGGCGAGGAGAAGGUGGACAAGUCGGGAAACCUAUUAGGUGGCCGAGACUAUCGCGUACGAGUCUUCACCAUCAAGGGCAGAGGCGAUCGCAAGUACAUGUUGUCGACAGAGCCAGCCCGUUGUUGCGGUUUCAGAGACAGUUAUCUAUUCUUCACCAAGCACAUGAAGCUAUUCAAAGUCAUCAUCGACGAUGCGGGAAAGAGAGACCUGAUAGAUCGUGAGAUCAUUCCACAUUCGUACAAAGGUCGCGCUAUCGGCGUCGUCACUGCACGUUCAGUCUUUAGGGAAUUCGGCGCACGCAUCAUCAUUGGCGGCAAGAAGAUCAUCGACGAUUACUACGUGACGGAUGCGAGGGAGCGAGGCGAGGUUGAGGGCGAGCUCGCAGACCCAAAUGAUAGACUGCCACCUCCAGGAGAACCAUACAACAAAAACCAGUACGUUGCUUGGCAUGGAGCGAGUAGUGUAUACCACACCGGUGUCCCAAGCGUCCCGACAGCAAACGGCAAACCAGUACCUGGAAAGCGGAAGGUCAACAUCACAUCUGCGAACUGGCAGUUCGAACAUGGCCGAGCAGCAAGUCGCUUCAACUCGAAUCUGUCUGCAUUGCGAAAGGCAAAUCUCGAGGGCGUUUACGACCCGCAUACCAACCUAAUGUGCUAUCCCAAGAUUACACAACCCACACACGCCCGAUGGGAAGAAGUCUCCACCCAAGAGACCGAUGUACCCCAAUUGGUGCGCCGCAAGUACCUCGUGGUAGACGCAAUCUUCCAACAACCACCUUUCGCUGGCUUAGGCCUACCUGGACCCGAUGCCAAUUUCCUUGAUGUUGGUACUAACGGUCUGCCUGAAUUGACUGAUGAGGACAUCGAGCAAAUGAAGCCUGAAGAGCGAGAGGUCUUCACGCAAGCGAAACAGGAAGAACAAGAGUGGCGCAGUCAAUGGGGCGGCGAAACUACUGACGGCGCACGAUCGAAGCCGAGAAUAGGAUUCGUUGGCGUUCCGGUGUAA